CACAUCGGUAUCCCCAUGAUGUUAGCAAUCAAAUUAAAAACAACUGAAUCAUGUAAUCUAUGUAUUACUGAGUAAAUCGCUACUAACGAAAAUGUUUUCACUUUGAGUAUCAAUAUUUUCACGAACAAUAAACAAAAAUAAGCAUAUGCUUACGUCGAUAAUGAGUAACUUUCAUUAACUGUUAUCUAUGAUUCAUAGAUACAACUUAUCAUUGAGUUACAAUAUGUUCUCACAGCGAGAUUAGAUUAGUUACUUGCUAUGAUCUCGAAAACCUUGCAGUUUGGUGAUUUGCUUUGGAUAGACGUUACGAAGGGCUGUUCACGAUCCCGGAAUUCCCGGAAUACGAACAACGCGGCAUGUGGUCGGCCGCGCUGUCCGCCAUCUUUACGACUCUCCGCUACCUUGCGCCCGCGACUCUCCUCACCUUGUUCUGGGGGCAGCAGAGCUUCCUCUUCAAAUUGCUGAAACACAUUGACUCGGCUUUUAGAGCGAUAGUCUUCUCGAGCGAAGAACAGAAGCAAGACGUGCUACUAUGGCUCAGCAACAUUGGACCAGUGAGGGUCACACAGCUGGACACAGUAUGGCGUCACGGCUGGAUAGUCUGCGGAGUACUGGACUCGGCCUUACCUGGAGCAUGCGCUGGUCAUCCACCUACAAAGUUGUCUCUACAGCAUGCGCAAGCGAUCGCUGAUCAUUAUCUUGGUGUUGAGCCGAUAUUCUCCCGCCAGGAGCUGGAAUCAAACGACUCACUAAGCAAACAUCAAGAAUGGAAACUUGCAACUUACUUGGACCGCGUACGCGAAGCCCUGACUAAAAUAACACCACCUGUCUCCAAGCCAACCUCCCAAAGAACAUCUCCAGAGGCCCCUUCAUUCACCAUAGACUAUGUUGCCAAGGGAUCAGGAUUAUCAGCUGCUCAAGUCAACAACAAAAUGUCGUUCAAAAUUUAUCCAACUGGACAGCAAUCUUUAGAUCCUGGAGAAAUCACUAUUUUAAUACGAGGACCUAGAGACACUUAUGGCAUGGCAGUGCUACCACCUGUUCUAGGUAAAGCCCAAUUGAUACGACAAAAACUUUUAGGCUUGCAAGCGAAACCUAACUAUACAGAAAACGCACUGCCCAUAACCCAAGGGGCCACGUAUCUUAGAAAUUACGGUAAAAACGAUAUGAAUAAAACUUAUUACAUACCAAAAACUAAAUACGACAUUGAAAUCGAAGACGAAAUACGACCAGAUCAUGUGAAAAUAACUUAUGUAGCUCCUUAUGAAGGCAGAUAUGAAAUCUUUAUAACGAGUAGGGGCCAAAAUAUAGCUGGAUCUCCAUUUUUGAUAUCAGCAUCACAUAAUAUUAUCAGUAUUUUGGAAAAAGAUAAUUACUCACUAGAAAAUGGCGAAGAAAUCGACAUUGUAGAUGUCAAAACGGAUAGAAGAGUUGUUUUGAGAAUUGUAGAUUUUGUCACUGAGAAAAUGUUACUAAGAGAAAAUGGGUCUUUGGAGAAAAUUACAGACGAUGAAGCAAAGAUUCUAAUGAAAAAAGAUUAUUUAGCAACAUGUUCCAGUGAAGAAUCACCAGUUGAAAAUGUGUCCCUAAUUCUUGAAAACAAAAAAGGCACAAGAUUUAGAAAAGCUUUACAAAAGGUAGUUACAAUGAUCAGAGUAUGUAAAAUUUGGAAUAAUCUAGCAUUUGAAAAACGAUUUAUGAAAACAAAAGAAAUCACUAACGUUCAAGCAAGAACCCAGAAAGACAUACCUGAUGUUGUUAAUUCAACAUUUACUGAUAAUAACGUAGACCAAUACAUGAUCAGGGAGAGUAGAGAUAAAUUCAUUAUCCCGGAAAAUAUUUCAGUUUCCCUUCUGACUGAAAAAUGUCAACCUAACUUUUUUGAACAUAAGUCGGCCACGAAUGACACCCGACCUUGUAGUAAUACACAAAAUUUAACGGACGAUAAUUGUAGCCAAGAUAGUUUAGAAGAUUACGGACAAGUAGAUGAGAUUUUAAAAAUUUCAACUUCACCAAACAAUCCUUUUUUUAAUGAGGAAUAUGAACAAAAUUAUGAAACAGAGAAAGAAUUGGGUUCUUAUGUAGCAAAUGAAUAUGAAACAAACAAUUUGCAAAACGAAGAAACACAAGAUACACCCAUAAAAAUAAUUGUUGAAGAAAAUGACUCAUUGCCGCCUAUUAACAGUAAUCCAUUUCUUGACAUUAAUAUAAUAGAACGACCGAAAUCUCCCGUUUUUAAAAUAAUAUCAGGUGAAAUAAAAAGUCGUGGUAUUUCCCCAGUUCCAUUAGAUGAAGAAGAAAUCGGAAACGAAUUUAUUAAUCCAUUUUUUGUUCACCAACAUCAUCAAUCUAGCGAACUGAAAGCACCUUUACCCAUAGCUGACUUCAUAAUUGGUGCACCAGUGUCUUUACCUCCUCUACUAAGAGCUUCGUCUCCUGUACCUGAAAUGGAAUCACUUAUGAUAAACAAUGAUGCAAACCAUGGAAAUUUAAAAAAUACAGAUAAAGAAGAAUCGUGUGAAUUUUCAACGCCUUUACAUACAAAUCUAGCAAAAGAUAGCAUGAAAAUUGACAAUAAUUCUAUAUCCUCCACAUUCCACAGCUUGGAUGAUUGCAAUCCUUCUGAAAAUGUAGGCAUAAAUAAUGAAUUAAGUAACAGUAAUAAUGAUAUGGAAACAUAUAAUAUUGAUUCUACGCGCACAUGUACAAGCGUGACACCGAAAAAAGAUAUAUGGGAUUCCGCUUAUGUAAGUAUUGAUGAUAAUAAUAGUUCGCCAGAUAGUAAUAAUAAUGAUAAUGUACUUUUGUGCGAAGCAACAAAUAAACAAAAGUUUUCUCGUGACGAUAACUUUUUCGGAUUAGGGCAAGACGACUUGUCAAAUAUGGGACCAGCUGAAAGAGAAAUAUGGCAAACCUGUAACGAAUUAAAGGAUAAUAUACCAGUCAAUCAAGAUGACGUUAGACUUAUCAAAAUUGAUUCAAAACGACCGAUGUUUACGCCUAUUAUUGAAGAAAGUGAUAGAAGUUUGUCAUCUGGAAUAAAGGAUUUUGCAAAGUCGAUAACUAGUGUCAACAUCGGGGAUUCUGAUCCUGUUACAGUGGCAUUUGCUGAACUCAAUGAUAUGUACCACGAGUACUUUCCUAAUGCAAAGAAAGAGUCUACUGCUAUGUCGAAUGAAGAAAACAAUCUUCUUUGCAUAAAAUCGGAGACAGAUAUAACCCAGAAUAGAAUUGUCAAUUCAGCAUCUGAAAAUGAAGCAGAUGUGAAAAGACAUAAAAUUGAAAUAGAAGGAAAGAUUUCUGAGGUUCAGGCAAAUGUCACUGAAUCCGUUUCAGUAAGUCAAACCCUUCGCAAUAACAAAAUACAAGACACUUAUAGUGUAAACAACCAUAAAACUCAAUUUGGAGAUAAAAAGUCUACGAAUAUAGUACUUGAAAGAAAAAAAUACUGGGACGAAAGAAUCCGACAAAUUGAGGCAAAGUCAGAAGAAUCAACUACUCAUCAAAAGAAACGAAGGCUUUCUUCUAGACAUUUAAGAAACAACGAUUCUUUAACCAAGCGAAGAGGUAAACAAAUUGUAAAGAAUUUUCUUAAUUCAGAACAGACGAAAGGACAUGAAAUUAGAGACAAAACCAUAGCAAGUAGAAAAAGCCUUAUACCGAAAGAAAAUACUGAAACUACAGAUACAGUGAAAGAACCACACACUGAAGUCAAGUUAGUUAAUAAAUGGAAGAAUUACUGGGACAGUAAACUAGCUGCAGAUAAUGAUGAAAAUAUCAGCUCAACUUGCUUUAGAUCUAAAUCACCAAAAUCACCAAUAUUGAUUAAAUCUCCACAACCAAAUGAUAAUACAAUUCAGACUUCUACAGAUUUAGACUUUAAAUCGACAUCUGUGCCAGUUAAACAAGAACUUCCCGAAGAAGUGUUCAAAGCAUUUGAAACAAGUCCAAAGAGAUUUUUCGGGACCUCUAGAAAACAAAUUUUAAAUAAAAUAGACACUUUUUUAGGAAAACCAAGCACCGAAGAUAAAUCAUCGACAGAUGUAAUCGGUGCUAGUCAAGACAGUGGUUUAGUUUCUAGUCGCAUAUCAAUGUUUCAUAAAAUAUCUAAAACUGAAGACGUAUCAUGGUCUCGAAGAAAAUGCCAUAGCAUGCAUAAUAUUUAUCACAGAAAAGAUAGCGAUAAAAAUAGUACUUUUCCGCAAAAAUCUGAUAACAAAAAUGAAAUAAAUAAAAGCACCGAAAUAAUUACAGCUGUAGAGGCCGUGAGUACCGAUACAAACAAUUCUAGAUCAGAUAACGUUGAAUCGAUUAAAAUGGACAAAAAAUUAACGUUGAAAGAGAAACGGGCACAUAUGGGUUAUUCAGAGUUCAACAGAAGCUUCGACGAAACAACACUAGGACAAGAACUUGACGAACUAAGAAAUCAGAAUGCAUACGUAAAGAGAACUAUAAAAGACUUAAAUAAACACGAGCAACAGCUUAACAAAUACAAAAAGUCAAAUGAAUUGCGUAAAACAACUUUGAGCAGGUCCGAAAUGGACAUUUUCAAUAAAGCAACCAAAACGACAGAUGAUGAUUUAGAAAAGUACAAAUCAUGUGACGAAUUGCCAAAAAUCAACGUUAAAAAUUUUAUAUCACUGUACGAAAGCGUAUCAAGCACAACUAAACCACCAACUCCAGUUGGUAAAUUGGGCAAAACUCUAUUCGGUUCUCAAAAACAUAUUUAUGACAGCAGUUCAUCACAAGGAGCUGUAACAAGAAGUGGGCCUUCGAGUUUAACACAAACCCAUCUAACGAGAUCUCAAACUAACACUAGCUCAGAAAACAUGAGUCUUGAUAGCGGAGAUACAAGAGACACUAUUUCUCUUGAUAUAGAAAAAGUCGGAGAAGAUAAAGAAACUACUUAUGUUAGUCUUUCUGAUAUCGAAUUAGAAAUAGUUGAAAGUCCCGACAACUCUAAAGAAUCUACCCCUGAAAAAGAAGUUAUUGAUACUAUAAAAAAAGAUUACAAGUCUCGAUUUAAAAUGGCGAAAGAAUUCUUUCAAUCAUUAGAAGAAAUCGGCCCAAAAAAGAAACCUUCCAAAUUAAACGAAUGCCAAGCGCUGCUUCAAAAAGCGUCGACAGAAUCUCUUGAAAAUAACCUACCUAAAAAGCGACAGAAAAAGGUAGGGAAAUCUCAUUCAAUGCCUUCAUCAGAAUUCGCCAAGAUAUGGAAUGAAAUGAAAGAAGAUUCAAAUAAACUAGUUAAGAUAUCUGAAAAAUUUAACGUUGAUGACUUGUUCUCUGAUGUUAUGGAAGGGAAAUUAAGUAGGCAAGGUAGUUUAAGAGGUAUUCCGCAUAAGAAAGCAGUUCUCGAAGCAUUCAGAUCUAUGGAAAACAUUUCAGAUAGUGCAUUGAGUCCUUACGAAAUGGCCGUUUCACAGCUUACCGAUAUCACAAAAGAGAAGGCGACUAAAAAUGCCCAGACGUAUUUAAGUGAAUACCCUUACUUGCCUACAACAGACCCGUCUAGAUAUCAAUCUAGAUUAGAUACUAAGGCAUCGGGACUUAUUUCGUUAAGAGAACUUAAAGAUAUGAAGAGACCAAGAAGAAACAGUGUGCCAGAUUUAAGAUUGAACCCAACAUUCACUGCAGACCUUUAAUACAUUAAUAUAAUGAUAGUAUUUGCUAGUACCUUAAAUAAUUCGAUACUCAAGAUUUUUUAAAUCCGUUUUUUAUUUGAAGCAUCAAGUGCGAUAGUUUUUAGAAAAUUCACAAUGUCAUUUCAUUAUAAACUCUAAAUAAUUAUUGUACAAUUGUACAGCUAUUGAAUCUAAAUUUAAUUUUAAGUCGAUUCUAACUGUAACUAUUUAUUCUUGAAAUAAAAAAAAAUCUUUA